AUGCAAGAUCGCGGUGAUCUGUUGACUUUCACUGAGGACCGAUUUCUCAUAAAUGGCACCAAGAUGGGGUCGGCUUUUGGUUACGCAGUGGAAGUUGUAGAUUUAAAUAAUGAUGGUUUUGAUGAUCUGAUUGUUGGUGCACCAUUCGAGCACCGCUCUGAUUCCAGUGGGCAUUUUGGUGGUGUUGUUUAUGUUUAUUAUUCGCAGGGAGUAGAACGAAAAAAGUUCGAGUCACACAAGAUAUUCUAUCCUCCUAUCAUUUUGAAAAUGCCUGGACCUUUUUCGCAAUUUGGUCUUGCUAUAAGCAAACUAGGCAACGUUGAUGGCGACAAAGAUGGUUUUAAUGACUUCGCUGUUGGUGCUCCUUUUGCCAAUAAAGGAAUAGGAGCAGUUUAUGUGUAUCUUGGUGCUAAAUCGAGGAAAGAAUUUCGCAAAGUUCCCUCACAGAUUAUUCUUGGUUCCGAUUUACCAAACCUUCGUCGUCCAUUAAAAUCAUUCGGAUUUUCGUUAUCGGGAGGAUCAGACCUUGAUGGCAAUGGAUAUCCUGACCUCGUUGUGGGUGCAGUUACUGAGGGAGUAGUCACAAUUUUGCGGUAUGUUAUGGUAUUACGCCAUCGUUGCCAAAUUCGUUCAAUUCAUGGUUUCAGCUCUCGUCCUGUCAUUAGCAUCUCUGCACGUCAUAAGACAAGCAGCAAAUUCAUCGAUAUAGAAAAGGGCAAGAAUUGUCCACGAGGAGCCAGGACAUGGUCAGCUUUAUAUUUUAUUCAAUAUGAUAAUUUUCCUCUUGAUUUGGAGAUUAGUGUUGAUAAAGAUUCGUCCAGAGGUGCUGAUUUGGUCGACUUCAAUUCUAAUGUAUUCAUCUGCAAUUUAGAGGUUUGUUGGUUAUUCCUGUCAAUCAAGGAGUGCCGCUCCGAGCUCACAUCGAUGCAUCGGCAUCAACAAAUCAUACUUGGUCUUGUGGCCAAGGUGUCCAUCGCAAGCCUCAGAAGUACACAGAAAUUAUAUACAUACCGCAUUCUUUUCCUGUUACAGGAGCAUGAUGAACUGGCCAAGGACUGGAUUAACCCACUUAGCUUUCGCUUUACUGUACAAAUCAAAAACGAGCGAAAGCCGGUGCAUCCUAACGAGGGUCGGCCAAUUGUUGAUCUCACGCAGUAUCCAAUACUGAACAAAUACGGCGCCAGCUAUGAGUUCCAGGUACCUUUCAACACAAGAUGCGGAGAAGAUCAUGUAUGCCAAACAGACCUUAGUCUUAAAGCUGUUUUUGUAGAUAUUCCAAAGACUGAAAAAGGCUACGUUUCGAAUGUCGGUGAUAAAGAUUACCUUGACAUUACUUUCACUGUUGAAAAUCAAAAGGAAAAAGCUUAUCAGGCCGCCCUUUAUCUAACCUACGACCCAGAAGAGCUAGAACUCCCUAUGAUAGUUGGGAAAACAAAAUUAGGCUGGGAAACAGUUGGUAAAAACGUGGUUGUGGUACGACUUGGCAAUCCUAUGAAUUCGGAAACGAAGCAUUCUUUUGACCUUCGGUUCAAAUUUGUGCGAGGCAGAACUGAAGGCAUUGGCAGGCCUCUACAGUUUAACGCAAUCGUCAAUUCGACAUCAUUGGAAACCGAUUUGGGGGACAAUGUAUGGAGUGCUGAACUUCAAAUAAUCAAAAAAGCUGAACUCGAGUUAAUCGGAACUAGCGACCCACCUCUAAUUCGUUUUGGAGGAGAAGUCAAA